AUGGAUGAGUAUGUCAAGCAAAGUGAGGGUUUGAGUGGUCUGGUGAAGAAGUGUGGAGGCCGAUGCCACGUCGUCGAUAAUAAAUACUGGAAGACCAACAAAGAGGACGAGUACAGAAGCAACCAGUUUCAGGUGGAAGAGCUGCUCAAGACCAUAGACAAGAUGGUGAUGGAAAACAACGGAAGAUACUACACGGAUGAAAAGCUACAAGAAGUGGAAAGGAAAAUACAGAAAGAGGAGGAGCGCAUUAGAAAGUCAUCAGAAAACUUGUCAGCGGAAGAGAUCAGGAAGCAGGCCAGAAGCAACGUCUUUAAGAAGCAGGUGAACAAUGGAGUCUGGGCAUGGAUUAGAAGUGCUUCAUAUGUAACAUGCUCCACUGCUCGGGUCCGGCUGAUCAACAAGUCAAACCGGAGGAUUGUCCUACUGGGGAAAACUGGAGUUGGGAAAAGCAGCCUGGCUAACACCAUACUGGGAGAGGAUGUGUUCAGGAUAAGCCACUCUCCCAUCUCUGAGAAAAGUCUUUCUCAUGCAGAGACCACAUCUGUCAAUGGGAGAAGCAUCACUUUGAUCGACACUCACAGUUUCUUUGACACAUGUGGGUCGGAGAAAAUGCUCAAGGCUGAGAUAGUGAGGUGUAUCACAGAGUGCGCUCCUGGGCCUCAUGCUUUUCUCAUUGUGCUUAAAGUGGAGAAAUUCACAGAGCAGGAGAAGGAAGUCAUCAAAAAAAUAUGCCAAUAUUUCUCUGAAGAUGCCUUAAAAUAUGCUGUGGUUGUCUUCACUCAUGGUGACCAGCUCCCGGAAGGGAUGAAAAUUGAGGAGUUUGUUGGUCAGAAUAUAGAUCUCAGUGACCUGGUGAAGAAGUGCGGAGGCCGGUGCCAUGUUGUUGAUAAUAAAUACUGGGAGAACAGCAAAGAGGACGACUACAGACGCAACCAGUUCCAGGUGGCAGAGCUUCUCAACACAAUAGACAGGGUGAUUGAGACAAACAAUGGAAGCUGCUACACCAAUGAGAUGCUAAAAGCAUGUGAGAGACAAAUACAACAAGAGGAAGAACACAUUAGACAGUCAUUCGGAAACAUGUCACAGGUAGAGAGGAGAAAUAAGGCUAGAAUAAGUGUUUUUGACAAGUUAUUGACCAGAUUAGCCGGUACUGCAACUGGCAUACUGAUAGGAGCUUUGCUUGGUAUGGCGGAGAUGGUCACAGCAGCUCUUGGAAAUUUUCAGGAUCUUUCAGAUUUGUCGGCACAAGCUUCAACAGCAAGAGAAAGGGCUGCAUCGGCUGCUCUAAGGGGGGCAAUAAAGGGUGCUCAGAGGGGAUAUGAUGCAGCUAAAGGAGCAGAAAGUCCUGGGGAAGCCAUAGAAAAGACAGUAAAGGACGUCUGGAAGUAAUCUGGGGUUGCAGCAGAUCAAAAAAAAAAUUAAAAAAUAGUAGUUGUAGCUGUACUUAAUUCCUGUCAAUUACUAAU